UGAAUCAAAUAUGAAAAUCAAUUAAAUUAAAAACCGAAUAAACCUUUUUUUUUUUUUUAAAUUUUAGGUUUAGAUUUUUUUUACAAACAAUAAAGCUAAGCUAUAAGUUGUAACCCAUUUUGGGCUUUUUAUCUUCACUGUUUAACUUCAAACAUUCAUACACUGCUUUUAUGUUUCUGCAAUCUUCCUCCUCCACCUAAAACACCUUCAAAAUGAAAGCAGCUCCACAAGAUUUCAUUGCAAUGCAUAAUAAGUCUCAUUCUUUAGCUGUUAUGUGAAAGAAAAAAAAAUCAAACACCCACUGAAGAAAUUGAAAGCAAAAGAACUGAAUUUUUUGAGCAAACUUCAGUGGAAAGAUGUUUCCAACAAAGCCUUUGCAACGCAGCUCCAAUGGCAUAGUGCACCAGGUAAUGUCAAUGAUGGUUCAAAACCGACCCUUCGAUGCUCAACUCGCUUCUUCAACAAUUUCAAAUCCAUGGACAACUGAUUCAGUUUCAGAUAUCUUAAGAUCCGUUCCCAAGUUCUUUUUUCAAUCCCUUCGUUCCAUUGGCCGUCAAAAAGGUUUCCGCCACCGUGCUCCUUUAAAGCAAAGAAACCUUAAACAAGAGAAAUUUAAGAUUUCCCAUAAUGUUCUUCUCCUUGGGCCUGCUGCUUAUAGAGAUCCCGAAAGGGUAGCUUUAGGACUAGAUAAAGCAAUGGAAUUCUAUUUAUGGGUGGAAAAGUUUUUCGGGUUUUCUCAUAAUGAGAAAACUUGUAAAGAAAUGGCUUUUGUUUUGGCUAAAGGUAAUAAUUUGAAGGGUCUUUGGGAUUUUCUAAAGGAAAUGUCUAGGAUUGAUAAUGGGAGUCUUGUUACUACUUCUUCUAUCACCUGUUUGAUUAAAGUCCUAGGAGAAGAAGGGUUAGUUAAUGAAGCAUUGGCUUGUUUUUAUAGAAUGAAGCAAUAUCAUUGCAAACCUGAUGUUUUUGCAUAUAAUAUGAUUAUUCGUGCCCUUUGUAGAGUUGGGAAUUUUAAUAAAGCAAGGUUCUUGUUGGAACAAAUGGAAUUACCAGGUUUCAGAUGUCCACCUGAUGUGUAUACAUAUACAAUUUUGAUAAGUUCUUAUUGUAAGUUGAGUAUGCAAACCGGAUGUCGAAAGGCGAUUCGAAGGAGGCUUUAUGAGGCGAAUCACUUGUUUCGUGAGAUGUUGUUUAAGGGUUUUGUCCCUGAUGUUGUGACUUAUAAUUGUUUGAUUGAUGGUUGUUGUAAGACGAAUCGAAUCGAAAGGGCUUUGGAACUUUUCGAAGAUAUGAAUAAAAGGAAUUGUGUUCCAAACCGGAUCACCUAUAAUUCUUUCAUUAGGUACUAUUGUGCUGUUAAUGAGAUUGAUAAAGGUAUUGAGAUGAUGCGGAGGAUGCAACGGAUGAAUCAUGGGGUAGCAACAAAUAGUUCGUAUACUCCGAUUAUACAUGCUCUGUGUGAAGCUGAAAGGGUGUUGGAGGCCGAGGGUUUUCUUUUUGAGUUGAUCAGAGGGGGAUCUAUCCCAAGAGAGUAUACAUAUAAGUUAGUUUGUGAUGCACUGAAUUUAGUAGGAGCAGCCAAUUUGAUCGAUGAUGAGAUGCAUAAAAGAAUAAGAGAUGGUAUCGGUAGCAGAUGUAGACAGGUUAUGAAAGUGAAACAUAUGGUAUCGGUAGCAGAUGUAGACAGGUUAUGAAAGUGAAACAUAUAACGAGUCACAUACGGACAGCAAGGAUGGUGGAGGAAGUUUAGCAAUCAAGGAAAGCUAUUUAUACUCAACCAUGUAAAGCAAAGCAGACAAGAAGUCGGUCGAUUGUUGGGGCACUCUGGUGUUUUCUGCUACAUAUGCAUGUCCAAGAAAAGUAAAGGCACUGGUGACAACCGUGGAGGCCAUUGCAUGGUGGAAGUGGUGCUAAUCCAGGGGCAACCAUUACUGCAGUAGGUGUAAAUAGUGGCACGACAGCUGGUCGUGCUUGUGGGGCAGACAGUAACAAUAGCAAGGGUGGCUGCAGUGGCGGCAGUGGUGGUGGCUAUCACUAAGUAUGCUAUUGUUUCCCAAGGGGAGGAAAAAACAAUAGAAGUGCUGUUAUUGGAAUAGAAAGGUGUAAAUGUUUCCUUUUUCUUGCUUUUCUCCAUAGCUUUUUGAUAUUACGAAUUCUAAAUUUCAAUGGAAUUAAACUAAAAAAUUGUGGUUCUUUGUAUAAGUUGAAUUAUUGUUUGUAGAUUAGGUGAAAUUAGCAAAGAUUCUGAUAACUUUGCGGGCUACUAGUACUUGAUUACCUGUAUGUAAACUCUGUUUUCUUGAUGUUCACUUUCACUGCCUAAAAUUCCUCAAGAAAAUUUUCAGGCAUAAUUUGAUCUAGAGCCUUGUUUA